AUGAUGACGAAUAUGCGCUACCUGUUUCUUGCGCUCGCAAUUAUCAUCAGCUUGCACUACAUCCUAAGCUUCUCCCAUGAAGCCUACGGCAGAGCAACCUCAAUAUCGAACAUCAAAGACCAUAUAACUGGUAGCCAAAACCGCAUUCCACCUUACAAGAUUCCUAUACCAGAGGAGUACUAUGCUCACCCAGAUGCUGGAAGUUCACAAGGACGCAAGGCCAACGCUGCCAUUGUUAUGCUCGCACGAAACGGCGACCUCAAUGGUGUUAUAAGUAGCAUGAAGCAGAUGGAGGACAGAGUUAACAAAAAGUUCCAUUAUCCUUAUGUUUUCCUCAACGACGAACCUUUCAGUGACGACUUCAAGACUCGUGUGUCUGAAAUUACAGACUCUAAGGUUCAAUUUGGCCUCAUCCCAAAUGACCACUGGAAUCAACCUGCGUGGGUUAAUGAGACGAAAGCGACAGAGAGCCGGAACGACAUGGUGAAAAACAAUGUCAUUUACGGAGGCAGCGUUCCAUACCGAAAUAUGUGCCGCUUUAAUUCCGGCUUCUUCUAUCAACACGAACUUUUGAAGCCAUACAAAUAUUACUGGAGUAUGUACUCGAAUAUCGAUAUGGUCCACGCUUGCAUUUACCUCUCUUUUCCUCACAGGCCCGACAUCAAAUUCUUUUGUGAUCUCGAUUAUGAUCCGUUCUUGAUCAUGCAAGAUCAGAAUAAAGUCUAUGGGUUCACCGUGUCUCUCUACGAAUAUGAAGCAACCAUUCCCACACUCUGGAACGCAGUAAAAAGUUUCAUAGAGAAAUACCCUAAUUUAGUAUCGCCUGACAACGCAAUGGCUUUCCUUUCGGAUGACGGAGGAGAGACUUACAAUCGGUGCCACUUUUGGAGCAAUUUCGAAAUCGGCGACCUUGACCUUUGGCGAGGUGAAGCGUACUCAAAGUUCUUCGAACAUCUAGAUGAACAAGGUGGUUUUUAUUAUGAACGCUGGGGAGAUGCCCCAGUCCAUAGUAUUGGGGCAGCUCUAUUUGCCAAGAAGGAACAAAUUCAUUUCUUCAACGAUAUCGGUUAUCGUCACGAACCAUUCCAACACUGUCCACAAGGCGAUGCCCACAAAAAAGGGAAAUGUUGGUGUGAUUCAGCACAAAAUUUUGGUAGGCAUCUCCCCUACAAUGGGAAAACUGGCAGAUGA